CCUGCUCUUGCGUUCGUGUGAACAAUACGCUUGAGUGGGUUAUACACAAAUCAUAAUGGUCGCGCUCUCGCCGCAUGAGAGGUAGUCUCGCAGGUCUCCAAACGCAAUUCAGGAUUUGCCUACGACUCUUGCGGAUCUUUAAAUGGCUGACGAAGAUUUUGAUGGUGAUGACGUUGCAGAUGAUUUUGACGAUGUAGACGACGAAGACAACAUCGAGUUAGAGCCUCAGGAGGAUGAGGGUGAGAAUAUCGAAUUACUGAAUCCUAACGAGGCUACUGGUGGUGUGGAAAGAUCUACAAGAAUAACUACAAGAUACAUGACAAAGUAUGAAAGGGCAAGAGUUUUGGGAACAAGAGCCCUGCAGAUAGCCAUGUGCGCUCCUGUAAUGGUAGAAUUGGAAGGAGAAACUGACCCAUUACAAAUUGCCAUGAAAGAAUUGAAACAGAGGAAAAUACCCAUAGUUAUACGCCGCUAUUUGCCUGACAACAGCUACGAAGAUUGGGGUAUCGAUGAGUUGAUUAUAAUAGAUCAUUAAUUUGUGUAUUAUAAUUUAAUAUUAUAUAUAGUAAAUAAAGUUUAAAAACGAA